AUGUACGCGUUCCAGGGUCCGCUUAUGUUGGUGGGGUUGAACCACAUAACCACCCUCAGUUUAAUAGUUAGCCUGGUGCUGCAUGUUUGCGGUAAAUUCUCGAUCUUGUCGUAUCGUAUACAAAAUAUUCAAAUCCAGUCGAAAGAUAAUUUAAACAGGAAAAUCGAGGAUUUCGUGACCGAUCACAUCAAAUUGAUCAGAAUGGCGAACUCCAUCAAUUCAGCACUGGAAGUUAUCCUUCUGAUCGAUCUGACGCAAACAAGCAUAAGAAUGGCUGUUCUUAUAUACAGUGCCCUUCUAAGUCCCGAAGCAAAUCUCGUGGGCACGUUCACAUACGUUUUGUACAUUUUGUUAGUCACGUCGUUGUUAUACUUGUACUCGUUCAUAGGUGAACGAUUGGCAUACGAGUCGACGAAAGUGACCGAAGCGUACUAUGAUACCGAGUGGCAAGAAUUAUCGGUCCGUAAUCAAAAGCUGUUGCUUCUUGCCAUGCGUUCUGGACGAAGAACGUUAUACCUUACAGCUGGAAAAGUGUACAAUUUCUCCUUGUACGGUUUUAUCCAUAUUAUGAAAACCUCCUUCGGAUACGUUUCUCUAUUACGAACAUUAACUUAA